AUGUUUCUUAUCAACAAAUGUAUGUCUGUAUGACAAACGUCCCAAAGAAAUGUGUAAUCUCGUCUGUGUUCCGUCUCACCCAUAAUUAAAAGUACUUAUUUCCAUUGCAACUUAAUUGAAUACAUAUAGCCCCUAAAUUACAAUGCAACAAUCGUACUAUUCAAAAACUACGUCGAUAUUGAAUAUUCUAAAGGCCACGAGAGUGACGAGUAGACGGUCGCAUAUGGAACGAAAAGUGAAAGUAAAUAAUCUUGAUGUUAACAUUGUGGAGUGUGGGGCAGGUCCCAAGAGUGUUUUGCUUAUGCCUGGUGUUAUGGGGUCUAUUUGGACAGAUUUUGCACCACAAAUAAAACAGCUGCCGGGGCUAUUGCCAAAUCACACAAUAAUCGCAUGCGAUCCUCCAGGCUGUGGUAAAUCGAUGCCACUCGAUAGAAAGUGGACAAUUAAUGCAGUGCAAGAAGAUGGGCAGUUUGCAAUGGAUCUCAUGCUCACAUUGGAAAGGCCAAAGUUUUCCAUUCUAGGUUGGAGUGCAGGAGGGAACGCUGCGAUAGUAGCCGCCAGUCGCUAUCAGAACAAUAUUGAAAAACUUGUCAUUUGGGGCACUGGAGCCUAUGUGACACCCGAAGAAGUUAAACUUUUCGAAGGAAUGCGUGAUGUUGGCAAAUGGCCCGUCCCAAUGCGGGAGCCCAUGGAGACUGUAUAUGGAGCAGAGAGAUUUCAUAGGAUGUGGAAUGGGUUCAUUGAUGCCGUUCAGUUACUUUAUUCGGAACGAAAUGGGGAUAUGUGCAAAAGUGAAGUAGACAUGGUAAAAGCGCCCACAUUCAUUUUGCAUGGCAAAAAAGACUUUAUGAAAGAUCCAGUACAUGUUCCAUAUCUGAGAGAACACAUUAAAAACACCAGCGUUUUUUUUGUCUUUUUCUUUCUUUUACCAGAUAUCACGAAUUUCCGGAGGGCAAACAUAAUAUACAUCUACGCUACCCAGACGAAUUCAAUAGAUUGGUUGCCGACUUUCUUUUAGACCAAUCGGAGAAAAGCUAAAAAAAAAUAAAAUAGACUAAACUCGAUAA